AUGGCCCCCGAACGCACCAACACAUCGUGGGACCACGAGUACAAUACUCUUCGCCGCGAGAAGCUCUUCCGAAACCCCCCAACAGACCGAACCGCCUAUCCCGCCCUCCAGCUCGCUGUUGAUCCCCACAUCGAGUCGUUCAAUGCGCUCUUUCGAACCGACGGGAAGCCCGGCCUCCUCGACCAUGCGCUUGCCGAAAUUGGGACCAAGACAUUUCUGGAUGGAGAUGACCGGGCAGCGCCUGCGAACAAGAACAAGUUGACAAUACGCAUCAACGGUGGCGAACCACAAGAGUUUGUCCGCGAGCUGGGCCAGAUGCCCAUCAUGAUCAAGUCCAACAAGUGCCACCUAGAGAACAAUUCCCCGGCACUUCUUGUGCAGAGGAAAGAGGAAUCCGAGGAGCUAGGUGGAUACUUUAUUGUCAACGGCAUCGAAAAGAUUAUUCGUCUGCUCCUGGUCAACCGAAGAAACUUCCCGCUGGCCAUCAUCCGCCCGAGUUUCACGAACCGUGGACCCUCAUACACGCCGUACGGUAUCAUAGUAAGAUCCGUUCGACCAGAUGAAACCUCACAGACCAAUGUGCUCCACUACCUGAACGACGGCAAUGUCACGUUUCGAUUUUCUUGGAGAAAGAACGAGUAUCUCGUACCAGUCAUGAUGAUACUGAAGGCCUUGAUCGAGACGAACGACCGGGAGAUUUUUGAGGGCCUGGUCGGUCCACCCAAUUCAAAGGGUAUCGAGAACACAUUUCUGACGGACCGUGUCGAACUCCUCCUCCGCACCUACAAGACAUACGGCCUUUACACCAAGACACAGACUCGGGCGUAUCUAGGGGAGAAAUUCCGAGUCGUGCUCGGUGUCCCCGAAACUAUGUCGGACUACGAAGUCGGUACGGAAUUCCUCCGGAGGAUUGUUUUGGUCAACCUUGGCUGCGUCGAUGUAACCGAGGAACAAGAUCUCGACAAGUUCAAGAUGCUGCUCUUCAUGUGCCGGAAACUAUACGCACUGGUUGCCGGCGACUGUGCGGUUGACAAUCCCGACGCCGUCCAAAACCAGGAAAUCCUACUCGGUGGCUUCCUGUACGGUAUGGUGUUGAAGGAGCGUCUCGACGAAUUGUUGUCCGUCUCACUCAGGUUAGCAUUGCGCGACUAUUUGAGGAGGAACCCGUCCCAGUCUUUUACUUCGUCCGGCUUCACGAAAGACUUCCCCAUUGCCAUAUUCAGGAGGACGAAUGAGAACCUCGGAAAUGCACUGGAGUACUUCCUCUCUACGGGUAAUCUCCAGAGUCCAUCAGGUCUCGACUUGCAACAGACAUCGGGUUUCACCGUGGUGGCUGAGAAACUCAAUUUUCUGCGUUUCAUAAGCCACUUCCGCAUGGUUCAUCGUGGUAGUUUCUUUGCCCAACUGAAAACCACGACUGUCAGAAAACUGCUGCCGGAGUCUUGGGGCUUCCUGUGCCCAGUACACACCCCUGACGGCUCGCCCUGUGGAUUGUUGAAUCACAUGGCCCACAAGUGCAAGAUCAUCACGGACUCGGUGGACGUAUCCGCCGUCCCAGGAGUUGCCAUGGAGCUGGGGGUGAAUGACUACUCCUCCGCCGCUACCAGCGAGAGUGUCGUGGUGAUGCUUGACGGUAGGAUUAUCGGCUGGUGUACUCCAAAUGCCGCUAAAGCCGUUGCCGACAACCUACGGCGCUGGAAGGUGGAGGGCGGCCACGGUAUCCCCAUACUCCUAGAGAUCGGCUACGUGCCCCCAUCCAAGGGUGGGUCGUACCCCGGUAUCUACAUGUCUUCGCAGUCGUCUAGGAUGGUCCGGCCCGUCAAGUAUCUUCCCCUUGGAAAGGAAGACUUUGUCGGUCCCCACGAGCAGCCAUACAUGUCCAUCGCCUGUACCGAUGGCGAAGUCCUUCCAGGUGACUCGACACACGUCGAGUUCGACCCUACCCACAUCCUCUCCAUCCUAGCAAACAUGACCCCCUUUUCCGACUUUAACCAGUCGCCUCGCAACAUGUACCAGUGUCAGAUGGGGAAACAAACAAUGGGUACACCAGGGACUGCCCUCCGGCAUCGGACGGAUAACAAGAUGUAUCGCCUCCAGACAGGCCAGACACCUAUUGUCCGCGCUCCCCUGCACAACACGUAUGGCUUCGACAACUUUCCCAACGGUAUGAAUGCCGUGGUCGCUGUCAUCUCGUAUACGGGUUACGACAUGGAUGACGCCAUGAUCAUCAACAAGUCGGCCCACGAGCGCGGGUUUGGGCACGGCACGAUCUACAAGACCAAGAAGGUCAGCCUCAAGGACGACUCGAGGACGCGCACGUCCAAAACGAUCAGCAAGAUGUUCGGUUUCGCCCCCGGCAGCCCCGUCAGGGCGUCGGACCGCGAGAUGCUCGACGAGGACGGGCUGCCCUAUGUGGGACGGCUCGUUAGGGAGGGAGACAUCCUUUGCGCGUGGCACACUGUCUCGGCCGAUUAUAGCGGGCAACUGAUCAACAGGGAUGGCAUCACGCACUGGGAGCGAUACAAGGAGGCGGAAGACGCCUUCAUCGAGGAGGUGCGUGUGAUCGGCAGCGACUCGGGCACCGAACCCCUGCAGACCGUUUCGAUCAAACUUCGCAUCCCCAGAUCGCCCAUCAUCGGCGAUAAGUUCUCGUCACGCCACGGUCAGAAGGGUGUCGCCUCUCAGAAGUGGCCGGCCAUCGACAUGCCCUUUUCCGAGACGGGCAUCCAGCCCGACGUCAUCAUCAACCCCCACGCGUUCCCCUCGCGCAUGACCAUCGGUAUGUUCGUCGAGUCCCUAGCCGGCAAGGCAGGUGCCCUGCACGGCCUGGCGCAGGAUUCAACGCCGUUUAAGUUCAAUGAAGAGCACACAGCGGGCGAUUAUUUCGGCCACCAGCUGAUGAAGGCCGGCUACAACUACCACGGCAACGAGCCCAUGUACUCAGGCAUCACAGGCGAGGAAUUCGCCUGCGACAUCUACAUCGGCGUCGUUUAUUACCAACGGCUGCGUCACAUGGUGAACGACAAGUAUCAGGUGCGUACCACGGGCCCCGUAGUCCCGACGACGGGCCAGCCUAUCAAGGGCCGCAAGAAGGGUGGCGGUAUUCGUGUGGGAGAGAUGGAGCGCGACGCGCUACUGGCGCACGGCACAGCUUUCUUGCUGCAGGACCGCCUGCUGAACUGCUCCGACUACUCCAAGUCGUGGAUUUGCCGCGGCUGUGGGUCAUUCCUCGCGGUGCAGCCGACAGUAUCACCGUUUAUUGGGAAGCGGAAGCAAGUCGGCACCGUCCGUUGCCGAAACUGUGCGCAGCGCCUGGAUCAGAUUGAGGGGCUGGAUCUAAUGAAGCUGGACGGCGAGAUCUGGGAGGAUGGACAGGGAGUGCAGUGGAUCGGGGGUGAGAACACCGCCAUGGUGGUUGUUCCGGGGGCGCUGAAGUUCUUGGAUGUGGAGCUGGCGGCUAUGGGUGUGAAGUUGAAGUACCGGGUAGACACCAAGGACGCGAUUCGGAGGGGGCCCUUGAGGGCAACGGCACCGAAGGCGCUCCCGAACGUACCUGCGUCGGCGUAA